GCGAGCGAAGCGGAGCAGUCGGUACGUGGUCUCGUCCGGUGAAGUUGGGUGCUCUUUAGAUGACGCGGUAACGAACGAUACGUCCGGCGUAGACGCGUUUCUCAAGGUGUAAUCGUGAUUUUUUUUUCCAAUGAGCGCGUGGUAACACAGUGUUGCGUGCCCACCAUUCCCAUCAUCGCACGGUGUGCGUCGUUGUGCUGUUUCGUCCAUUGACGACGCGUUGACUUGAACAAACGCAACCGGGGGAGAGAAUCUCCCGUUGACGAGCGGCUCUUCCGAGGAUCGGAGCUUUCACACGAAACGGCGCAGCUGAAAACAUUGCAUAAUGGGUUGUGCAUCGCAGUGCGCCAAGUACUUUCUCUGCCUUUUCAACUUCAUAUUCUUCAUCGCCGGAGGAGCGGCACUGACUGUCGGUAUUUGGCUCUUCGCCGACAGCAGCUCGUUCACCAAUCUCAUCGGCAAGCUCGAUCAAUCCGACAUCUUGAACAAAACAGACGCUGAUGUCAUCAGGAUGAUCGCCUACAUUCUGAUUGCAGCUGGUGCCCUUACGUUUAUCGUCAGUUUCCUUGGAUAUUGCGGCGCCAUGUUCGAGUCCCGAUGUCUUCUCUGUGUCUACGGCAUUCUAAUCUUGCUGGUUUUAGUCCUGGAGUGUGUGGCUGUUGGCCUCGCGUUUGGAUACAAAGGCGAUGCCGAGAAAGGUACUCAGAACUUCUUGAAGCAAACCAUCAAGUAUUAUGCCACCAACGCCGAUAAAGCCGAAACUGUGACGGUCGCGUGGGACGGUAUCAUGACUCAGUUUCAUUGUUGCGGCGUGGAGAAUUACCGAGACUUCAGUGAAAGUACGAAUUUUACCACAUCCACGAAGGUGGUGCCCGACGCCUGCUGCGUAAAAGAGACCGACGGUCGUCUGAAAGAUCCUCUAUGUCCUAUGAGUCCAACUUCGUCCAACUCAUACUACGAAACGGGUUGCUACAAGGCCAUAAUGACCGCCAUCGAGGAAAACGCGGCGAUAGUGAUCGGUGUGGCCGCUGGUCUGGUCUUCGUCGAGGUCUUGGUCAUUAUUCUGGCGCUGUAUCUCGCCUGCUGCUACUGGCGUCCACAACAUGUUUAUCGAUGCGUAGAACCUUCUGGCAAGGAGUAACCUUCGAGAGCAGAAUGUGCUAAGCUUUCUGCCAGCAGUUCUCUUUUGAGACGCGGUUCUUUUUUCUUUAAGGACUUCACGAAUACCUCGUCCAUAUUCUAUAUGUGUGUAUAUAUGUGCGUAUGAUACACACACAUACAUGCAUAUAUAUAUAUUAUAUAUUAUAUAUUUACUCAUAAUCAAUUUGUCCAUGUAUACGCAUAUGUAUGCACACGCACGCAUACACACACACAUGCCACUCAUAUGUGUACAUGUAUAUGGAGGUACAUAUACGUGUACAUACGUGGGGUUUUUCGUUGUAUACAUUUUCCACUUCGGGAGCGGCGAUGCAACGUCGCGUCGGACGGGCGUCGCGCGCUUCCGUUAUCACUCAGCACACAGUCUUCAGAACUUGUGGAGAGAGUUUGAAGGGUUGUGCGAAUCCGAAAGCGAUUCGCGAACAUUCGCGCGCACAUUUGUACGAGGACGUGAUUCGUCGUACGGAUCGUUUUCGGUUGUCGCUGUGCGCUUCGAAGCCCUCUGAUCAUCCGUCGUGACACGCCAAAUGUAUUAAAUCAUAUACGCGUUGAGCGGAAAGCGUAGAGGAAGUUUUCUCUGAUACGUUCGACAUAUCGAAUCGAAUUUAUCUGUCGCAUGUGCCAAAUCAUCGCGUCGCGCCAGAUCAGUCGCAGGAACUUUUUGACUUGAAAAUGGUCGUUGAAUGAGCGCUUUGUGUUCAAGGUGCCAAUUCGUUGAACAAACACACUCGAUGCACAAUGUGUUUUUCUUCCGGAUUUGAAUACCAGAGGAACAAGUAAAGGAAACGCUCGCCGGUGUGUGACGCGAGGAACGUCAGUUCGAAUACGUAAAGAUGUUUUCUUUUUCCUUUCCAAGUGUGUAAUCAGCACAGAGAGCAUUUAAUUUCUGUCCGCUCAGCGCGCGCUUUAACGUCUCAAAAUGAUCAAUAUCAAUAUUUGUAUUCAAUCUCGAUAUUACACCGUGCCGUGCAAAUGCUUUUAAGCUUGAGCGAAUAACGACCAAUAAAGUACAUAUCGUGCCGGAAUAUAUUUCCCCGGGGCGCUAACAGAGAGAGUUUUGACGACGUCCAAGUUUUCGCGCGAAAAAUAAACGCAAAGAUAAACGUUCGUAGUAUUUUAUUUUUUGGUUUUUUUUUUCUUUGGUCUCUCACCACAAAGUUUAUGAUCGCUCGAUCGAAUCUUUUUCUCAGGAUUCUCGUGACGGACGUGUGAAUCUCUGUCGUACGAUAAUUACUAUCGCACAUUUUUAGUAUCACAUUCCGUUCUUCACACACGCACGCACACACACACGAACGAACGAACGAAUUUUGUCGUACGAUUUUUCUGUAACGUUUGUGGAACGAUCGAGCCGAAUCGAAUACCUACAGUUGUUGUUGUUAAAAACAAAAAGUGCAGCACAAUUUCACGGAUAGGUUUUCCGAGAGUGAGAGAAAAAGAACGCGUGUCCUCCGGCGCGUGCGCGAAAUACGUUAGAAUAUUUUUUAUACCAAUGUACAUACAUACAUACGCAUAUAUAUAUAUAUGUAUAUAUAUAUAUAUAUAUAUAUUUCUCUAUCAGAUGUGAUCACACAAUCCAUCCUCUAUUAAAGCAGAUCUUCUCCUCAAUUGAAAGGCAUUGACAAAUGGACGUUCUUUUAGCUUGUGUAGACGUCUCGUCGAGACAGGCCUGGUGAGGUGCUGAAGUAAAGGAUGAUUUUGAUGGGGUUUGCUUUCAAGUAAGAUGAAGCUGUCGCUUACAUUGUUGACAGCCGAAACCCUUCUCUCUCUUAUGCUGCCGCCUCGCAGCGUCUAGAUCUAUCAUUCUACAAGGCAGUGUAAUUUUUUUUUGUUUUGUUUUUUCGUUUUUUUUUUUUUUUUUCCACAAAUCUAUCUCAGGCAUGGUAGCUUUUUGCUCUCUCCUUGCAUGGUCAUGCUGUUGUAUAUAAUUUGACGGAGACAGAAAGACCGAUUUUGUUAUGGUGUGGCGCGCGAAGAUAGAAAAGAGAGAGAGGUCCGAUUGCAUUUACGCCACGAGCAAUUAUAUUUGUUUUUUAACUCGAAAUGAAAUACCACGAGAUACGCAAAGAACAAAAAGGCGUAUGGUGUACGCAAAAGUAGUUUUCAGUGCGCAUUAAUAGUCGAUUGUUUUCCAAUCCGAACUAUCUUUCUUUGAUUAUCCGCUAUGGUGCAUAUUUUCGGGAAAUGUUGAACCUCACGCGCAUACGCGCGUGACGGUCGUUUUCUUUUAUUAAUGCGCACUAUCGCACAGUUUUCCGAACGAAACAAAAUGCCAGACACAACAAAACUCGUUUGUCACGUCGCAAAUGAGAUAAUAUGCAAUUGGGCCUAUAACUUGCGUAUAAGUUUUAGCCUGUAAGUUUAGCCUUCAUCUCACUGUUUCAUUCAUUCGAUUAUUACUUACUAUCGGCUAGUGGCACAAACGAUGUGGAGCACACACACACACACACACACACACAAAGAGAGAGAAAGAAACACACACAACGAAAUUCUACUCGGAAUUGUUGUGCUCAAUAACAUACGUAACAUUAACAUGUUUCCUUUACGUUUCCCCCCUUUUCUGUCAGUUAGUAGCUUAUAGCAGUUCUAUUCUCAGUGUGUUGCAAAACGCUAUAAACGGCAUCUAACUCAUGUACAUCCGCCGAGAUCACAAAAAGUGGGAAGGAAAUUCUCUCUUCUCACGUGUAAAAGGAACACACACAAAAAAAAAAAAAAUAAAAAACGCGCGGCUAUAAAAUUGAGACAACGUACAAUUUCCGAGAAGAAGCCCGUUUUUGAAUCUCGACGAGAAGUCGAUAAUGUGUGUUAUAGUUCAUACUUUCAAUGUUACAAUACUGUUAUUAAACACAUUCUCUACGUACGUACGCGCACCGAACACACGCAGAAGGUGAAAAAGAAAAGAAAAAAGAAACUCCGAGAGAUCGACGGAGAAAUGACGAAUCGAACGCACAAUAGUUGACACAAAUUUUUUAUUGACUAAAAAAUCGGGUUUUUUAGAAUAUAUUGUUUUUAUAUACUUUUUUUUGUACGCAAUAUACCGAUACGAUAUGUAGAGAAACGCUGAGUACAAGACAACUUCUAACUCUUCACAUUUUUGAAGAAGAUAACCACCGAAGAAAUAAAAAAUUAACGUUGCUGUUACGUGUCGAUACAUCAAUAAAAAAUAAAAAAAAUGCCAAACUAUAAUGUACAAAUAAUUUUACGGUUUCUUUCCUCGUUGUCUUGAACUUUUGGACGAUGUCGUUCAAUAUCCUUUUCGCGGAAUCGUGAUGCAAUAUUGCAGAAACGCUAGCAACAUUGCAAUUGUUUAUUUGUUUUUUUUUUUUUAAUAAAACGGACGUUGUCAGCAGAUAAGCACACGCUUGUUUUGUGUAACAGAAUGUUACUAAUGCGAAUUUGCGAAUCUUUCUUUGAGAAUCUUUGCUGUUGUUGCAACGAUUGCGCGACACAACGUAACGAUUGUGCGAUAUCAACCUUGACUCUUCUUCUUUCGUGUUCAGCGUGCGCGUACGUACAUGCGGUAAGAAACGCUAAUCUAAUUCGAACUGUCAUUCGAAUUUUAAUUGAUGCUCUUUACAAUAGCUACUAAUUGUUCAUGCCGCACAGUCUAGACAUUUUCGUUUCCAGUGUUAACUGGUUGGUGCUGCUGUUGACGAGGCAUUAAGAGCAUGGAACUGUUGAGUAGUGCCUCCUAGCACGUUGAGCCUGUAGAGUGCUCCUGUGCCUUGCUUGCUUGAAAGCUCUAGCUGCUAGCCCAAAGUCCUAGGCUAGCUGAGAAGUCGGCCGACAGAAAAACCAAUCUUGACGCUUUUGAGUUGACGAAACGUUUCGGAACCAAAAAAAAAAAAAAAAUAAACAAAAACAAAAUAUACGCGCAUUAAUUAGCAUAGAAGAAAAAUAUCGUGGCGACAUGUGUCUCGAUUUUUUCAAAAAAGACAAGAAUCGGAUCGAUUUAAUCUUAAAUGUUUGUGUAAUGUUCAUCUCUUUGUGUCGUUAUUUGUAUAUAAAACAUAUUAUAUAUAUAUAUCUAUAUAACGCGGCGACACAAAGUUCGCGUCACUCAACGUCACUGCAAGUUAUUAAUGGAUAACGUUUCGCUAAUUUUUCGCUAAAUGUUUAUUUACAUAUCACGAAGGUACAAGCGUUUAAAAUUAGUUUUACGGGUUUUUUUUUCUUUUCUCUCAUAUUUUACUUCUCCCGACUCUCGUCGUCGUCAUCCGCGUACGAUUUAUACGACGAAAAUAAAAAUUGUCACGUCGGUAACAAGUGAAGUAGAUGUGUGUACAUAUACGCGCAAUAUAUAUACGAUGAUAUAUAUUCAAAUAUUUUCAUAAACGCAUUUUAGAUGCUUGUAUCAUAAUGUAACCUAAAUAUACUCACACGAUAUAUAUAUAUAUAUAUUUCGUCCACGUUUUCAGAGAAUUAGACACUCAAAGAUAAAUUUAAUGAAAUAUUUCCGCGCAACGAAGAACAACGCAGUUCUCAGCAAAAGUCUAUUUUUGUCAAAUACAUCAGUUCUUCCUCACAUAUGAGAUUUUGAUCUUAUUCUCUAGCGGUAUUACGUGCAUUUCCUUUGAAAUAACAAACUAUUCGUUUGUUAUUUAAUAUUUGUUCGCGUUCUCGUUACGAGGAAAUGUUUCAUUGAGGAUAUUCCUUUUUUUUUUCUUUUUUUUUUUGCGAGAAAGAGAGACGAGAAAAGAGGUACGUGCAAAAGUGUGUAAACUGAUUUGAUGUAAAAGUUGUCAUUUGAUAUGCUUGGACUUCAUCCUGAUGUAUGCUUCUAGCUUUGUAUUUCCUUUAUAUGUGUACCUGGUUAAAUUGUCAAAUAUACAUAUAUAUAUAUAUAUAUAUACAUACAUAUAUAUCAGAUAAAAUAUCGGAGAGAUGGAAAUAUAUGAGCUCGUCAUUGCUAGCAUAGCAUAGAUCAGGAGGGACAUUUUUUUACACCUUUUGAGUGUCUCACACAAGAUUCAGAAUGUUAGGCAUUUACGUUUUUCUUUUUUUUUUGUUACUUGCUGUGUAUGAAAAUGUGCUGCACAUCAUUGUUCCUGAUAGAGGAAUAAAAAAAAUUAAAAAAAAUAAAAAUAAAUAAAUAAAUCAAACCUCCUUUUACCUCUGACACACGAGAACGUUAAACUUAAAAAAAAAAAAAAAACAAAAAAAACAUAUACAUAUAUCAAAAAAAGAAUUAUAUAUUUAGCACGCGCAUACUUAUAUAUACAUCACGCAGAGAUGCAUAAAUUUUCAAAGUAUAAAUUCUAACAGAUUUUAUGCAUCUGCAUUACAUAAAUGCAGUAAACGAAGUGUAAUCACAGAAAUUGGAGGAUUGAAGUAUUCCUCAUUGAGACUCUCGGUAGCUGAUAGUUUCACGAAACUGCGAUAGUCAAGCGCUUGUUUUCUUUUUCCUUUUUUUUUUUUUUUUAAUGGUAAUGUGCAGAUUUAAUUUAGACAACGAGA